AUGGUUGUUGCAGACAUGAACACCACUUCUCUUCCACUUUCCACCUCAUUUUUCCUGAGAAAAUGGACGAGGAAAUGCACCAAAAACCUAAUCUCAGCUCCAAAUUUCCUUGUAUUUUCAUAUCUGGACUUUAUAGAUUCCGUUUUCUGCGUAGUUUACAGAUACCUUGAUCUGUUGUUGGAAGGAGAGGCAUCUCCAUGUUAUUGCAGAAGCAAGAACAAGAGUGAGACCAUCAAUGACGAUGAGGAAAAUGGGAUUUCGGAGACUUUGCAUGGUAGGCAAAAGAAGCUUAAAGAAAUGAUUGAUUUGAUCGAGUUUGUGGAAAAAUUGUUGAACAGAAACAAAGGUUUUGAAGCUGGCUAUGGUGAUUUUAACUACAGAAAGAAAGUUGGGAUUCAUAGAUUGGGAAAUAGAUGGUCCGAUUGUGGAUGUGAUUCUUGCAUCUCUUGGAUGAAGGUUGAUGAUCCCAAGCUUCAUGUUGUCGUCAAAGAGGCUUCUUCAAAUGCAAUGGGAGAAGAUUCAAAGGAAAACACAAAAACUAACUCAAGUGAAAACGUGAUAUUCAUACAUGGAAUUCUGAGUUCUUCAUCGUUUUGGACAAAAACUCUUUUUCCAAAGAUGUCUGAAUCCGGAAAAGCAGAUAACUACAACAUGUUUGCAGUUGACCUGUUGGGACAUGGAAGAAGUCCAAAGCCAAGGGACAAUUUAUACACAUUAAGAGAUCAUGUGGAAUGGAUUGAGAAAUCUGUGGUGUCCCAAUUUGGAUUAAAUUCUUUCCAUUUAAUCGCUCACUCAAUGGGUUCCAUCAUUGCAUUGGCCUUAGCUGCAAAGCACUCCAAAUCCGUAAAAUCCAUCACCCUUGUAGCCCCUCCAUACUUUCCUUCAAAGGAUGGAGUGGAGUUCACGGUGAUAAACAGUCUAACACCGAAGAGAUUGUGGCCGCCGGAGGCGUUUCUCUCGUCGGUGAUGACAUGGUAUGAACACUUGAGCCGAUCCGUAUGUUUCAUUCUAUGCAGAAACCAUCGCACUUGGGAAUCUCUUGUUAAGCGAGUCACUGGUGCAAGGGACGUGAAUUUCAUGUUUUUGGACAUGAUAAAGAUUACCCAUCAUUCAGGGUGGCACACAGCACACAAUGUGCUAUACAGGGGAGUGAAACAGAUGGACAAAAACCUUGAGAUUUUGAUGAAAUUAAGGAAAAAAGUGCAUGUCUUUAUGGGAACUCGAGACAGAUCUGUUCCACCAGAUGGUGGGGAUAAAAUGAAGAACAAAUUCCCACAAGUUGAAGUUAAUAACAUCCCUGACGCUGGCCACCGAUCCGUUCUGUUUAACAGAGAGGAUGUUCUUGCUCACGAUUUAUUUCAAAUUUGGAAUAAUUCCACCUCAUCUUCAAUCUUAAAUGGAAUUGUUAAUUGGAAAAACCUGUCAAGAAAAAGAAAGAAAGUUGGGAUUCAUAGAUUGGGAAAUAGAUGGUCUGAUUAUGGAUGUGAUUCUUGCAUCUCUUGGAUGAAGGUUGAUGAUUCCAAGCUUCAUGUUGAGAUGCAGGUUGAUGUUCCAAGCUUCAUGUUGUAG